UGUUAUGGGCUAGGAUUCACUGGGCUGCACAUUUCUCUGGAGCACUUCACUUGAAGAAUGCCAUCUCACCCGAUUAUUGGAAAAUCAUGUAGGAAGGUUUGUUUACUCACAUGCAGGAGAAGGACUUGGACAGAGCUGAAAAAAUGCCCACGGGUCAUAAUUUCUCAGCUGUGACCAACAUGCUCCAGAUGUGUGUGUUGUUCUGUUGUUUGCUGUCAGUUGUUGUCUGCCAGUCAACAAACUCCUCAUCUAAGAGAGGUCGCAACAUUACCAUCCACUCCUCCCAGCUGGUCUGCAGUCUGCCGGGUCCAGCGGGGCCUGCAGGGAACCCAGGAGCCGCCGGAUCACCGGGGGCCAUGGGACCAAUGGGGCCCCCUGGGAAAGAUGGCCCGGAUGGGAAGGAUGGGGAGAAGGGACAAAAGGGUGAUAAAGGUGACCCAGGGAGGACCGGGAACCCUGGCAAGCCAGGUGUGAAAGGCCGUGAAGGAAUCAUCGGCAAGGCUGGGCCUCGCGGACUGAAGGGGCUACGGGGAACGCCGGGGGUGGCUGGAAAACGGGGACCAAAGGGAGAGCUGGGUGACAAGGGUCAGGAAGGAGCUCCUGGAGGCUGCAAUUGUGGCAGUCCAGCCCGCUCAGCCUUCUCUGUUGCGGUGACAAAGAGCUACCCAAAAGAGCGAAUGCCCAUCCGCUUCAGCCGGAUCCUGCUGAAUGAAGGGAAUCACUACAACGCCAGCAGUGGGAAGUUUGUCUGUGCUAUCCCUGGAGUCUAUUAUUUCACCUACGAUAUCACUCUUGCAAACAAGCACCUGGCCAUCGGGCUGGUGCACAAUGGACAGUACAAGAUCAAGACCUUUGAUGCAAACACAGGAAACCAUGAUGUGGCAUCUGGUUCUACUGUUCUCCACCUGCAGCAGGCAGACCAGGUCUGGCUGCAGAUCUUCUACUCGGAACAGAACGGACUCUUCUUUGACCCUUUCUGGACUGACAGCACCUUCACUGGCUUCCUCAUCUACGCAGACCAGGAAUUCCUCAACGAAGCUGAUAGGAAAGCAAAUGCUCAGGAUGACAGUUAAUACCUUUAUCUUUGUUUUGAUUUUAUAAUUGACUAUAUUUUAUUUCAAAAUGUUAUGAAAAUCCACCUUUGAAAAGGUUGCUCUGCAGCUGAAGGCCUCAGUAAAGAUCAGUUGUUGAUCAAGUUCUGACACCAGGGGGCACCAGGGGAGAGGAAAACAUGUACACUGAAGUCAAUGAAACCAAGAAAUUGGCUCGUUUCCAAAUACUUAUUUAGUUUAGUGCGUAUUGCUUAUUAAGCUGAUUGUUUUUGGGUGGAUCCUUUUAAGAUACUGUAAUUUAUAUAUUUACCCUCUUUGACAAAUAGCAGUGAAUUAAAACUUUGACUUGA